GGGCGGGGAAAAUGCUGUGCACGGGGCACUUGGAUGGGGGGGGGGGGGCGUUGACAGUUUGUCCUGCGUCCUAAAACGUGUAAACAAGGGCGCUGAAGGGGACCGUUGGAAGGCUGGGAACACACCCACUUCCUGGGCCUCCAGCAUGCCCCCUCCUUCCUCUGAGGUACCCACCCACCCACCCCCCCUUAACCAGGAUACCACCGAGACCCUGAGGAGGGAGGGAAGCACAAAGUUCCAGGGAAGUUUCCUCAGUAACUCACCGACAGUUAGGCCAAGGGGGCGUGGUUCAGUUCGCGACCCCGCCCCGGAGGGAGGUCUGGAGUUGGUAAAUAGGGGCCACACGUGCAGGGCCCGGGUCAGAGGUGCGAAUCGGCUGGAAGACGUUAGGUGACAGUUGCGCGCGAUCCUAGCUUUGUUCCGUUGGGGGGGAGCGCCUAAUUUUUCUCAAUCCUCACAAACAGCAGCGCAGUCAUGAAGGCCGCACGGAUCGCUUUGCGGAGCGCGGCUCCUUUGGCUGCCACGACCACAGGCGGUCGAGCGACUCGUGAGGUGGAGUAUUUUGCUCGGUACUCUCCGUCGCCGCUUUCCAUUAAGCAGUUCCUCGAUUUUGGGUCAACUAAUGCAUGUGAAAGAACCUCUUUUUCCUUUUUGCGGCAUGAACUUCCUGUGCGGCUGGCAAAUAUUCUGAAAGAAAUUGACCUCCUCCCUAAUCCAUUGAUGAGCACUCCUUCAGUGCAGCUAGUAAGAAGCUGGUAUGCCCAAAGUCUGAUGGAACUAGUUGAGUUCCGUGAGAAAAAACCAGAUGACCACAAAGUUCUAUCUAAUUUUAUAGAUGCUAUUGUCAGAGUCCGAAACCGACACCAUGAUGUUGUACCUACAAUGGCACAAGGUGUUCUAGAAUACAGAGACUCUUCUAAAAUGGACCCAUUCACCAAUCAAAACAUCCAGUACUUCUUGGAUCGGUUUUACAUGAACCGUAUAUCUAUCAGGAUGUUAAUAAACCAGCACACACUUAUUUUUGAUAACAGUAACAGUCAGGGCAACCCAAAGCAUAUUGGAUGCAUUGACCCUUGCUGUGACGUUGUGGAUCUAGUGUAUGAUGCUUUCCAGAGUGCCCAAAUGCUUUGUGACCAGUAUUAUUUUGCUUCUCCAGACCUCAAGCUUACUCAAGUGAAUGGGAAAGCGGCUGGGCAGCCUAUUCAAAUAGUAUAUGUUCCUUCCCAUCUCUUCCACAUGCUGUUUGAACUCUUCAAGAAUGCAAUGAGGGCAACAGUUGAACAUCAAGAAAACAAACCUUCUCUUGAUCCAAUUGAGGUGACCAUUGUCCUUGGAAAGGAAGACUUGUCAAUUAAGAUCUCUGAUAGAGGUGGUGGUGUUCCAGUGAGAAAAAUAGAAAGCCUCUUCAGCUACACAUAUUCUACAGCUCCAAAGCCUGUGAUGGAUAGCAACAAUUCCACUCCUUUGGCUGGCUUUGGCUAUGGCCUACCAAUUUCUCGGCUGUAUGCAAAAUAUUUUCAAGGUGAUCUCCAUCUAUGUUCCAUCUCUGGUUAUGGAACAGAUGCUCUGAUCUACUUAAAGGCCCUUUCCACAGAGUCUGUAGAGAAACUUCCUGUCUUCAACAAGUCUGCUUGUAAACAUUAUCAAAUUGCUACAGAAGCAGAUGACUGGUGUGUUCCAAGUAAAGAGCCAAAAAACUUGUCAAGACAGAGUGCAGCAGCAUGAGGUCAGCAUGUGGCUCAGACAUGCUGCAAAAAGAAACACAAAAUAUGAAAGGGGAUCAAGCUAAUGUUGCAGCAGGACAAAUCAAACCAAACUUUGGACCACUCCCGGCCUACCCCAGGACUUCGGCCCGAGGCAAGAGAUUACUGUGCGGAGCAGGAGAUAUCAACAUUUGUUCUGUAGGCAGUGCAUGUACUACAUAGAUAAUGAUGACUGACGUGCCAGGAGAAGUGAAAGGCAUAGGAAGCUGUGUGCAUAGUGCCAUGACAUUUCGGCAAUUAACAUAGGAAAGCAAAUAUAAAUUAACACUCCGAAGUAUAACUGUCUUUUGAGUUAGGCCUUGAUAUGUUCAAAAACUGUGUAUAAUAGUUGGACUCCAGCACACAGUAUUAACUUUUCCCUUGGUCUUUGUAACUACUACCAAAUAUUACUACCAAAUGGUGAUUGUGGGGAGGGAUGCACACACAUACUUCAGUGUAUUUACUUGACAUGCUCUCAGCUGUUGGGAGUUGAAGGGCUGUGACAACAUGCUAUGUUGGUUUCCCUUCAGCAGUUUUGCUUGAGAAAAAAAUGGAGACAAUAAUACAGUGCUGGUUUUUCUUGUAUAAGCAGCUUGGUAGACAUUACUUGAAUAUUUAACUCCCAGAAUAACUCUUCUUGUGCAUAGCAUCUUUUUAUUAUUUUUCGAAGUGAUGAGAUUUGUCAUAGAAAAUGCUUGUAAAAUAACAUCAAGGAAGACUGUGAAAUUUAAUGUAAGGGGCGCAGCAAGAAGCUUAAAACAAAAUCCAAAAUGAACUUAAAUUUAAGUUGACCUUAAAAUUGCUUUCCAGAAGGAAACCUAUGAAGUAAAUAAAAAGAGAAAUGCAAGACUGUAUGUAAGGAGGCAGGUUACGUCUCAUUAUGGUACUAUGUCAAAUGUGCAUGCAACUAUCUAAUUGUGAAGUCUUUACUUCAGUAGAUAUGGGACAUUUUUAUAUGUUAAUUAGGAGCUGGCAGUUUUGAAUGCAAAACAAUCCAAUUUACAAAAAGGUGACUUCAGACUAAUUUAUAAGUGUAUCAUAGAGCUGUGAUAAUAAAUAGGUCUUUGAGGAUAUUGUACCUGAAUUAGAAAGAAAAUUUAUAAAUGAGGACUCAUUCUGUGUACCACGCUGCAGAAUCAAAAUGGCACAGUACUUCCUCUGUGAAAAGUGAUUAUUGAGAGAAUAUUCCAUUCCAAAUAAUUAGCACCUCUAUAAAGAGGGAAUUUGGUAAGGGCCCAGCUGGUGACAAUUUAGGUCAGCCUUUCUUUUUGCAAAAGGCAGUAAUAUGCUAAAGAGUUAAUCCUAGCUUACUUUGAAAAGAUUGUUAACUUGUCUAUGAAGAUUAGUGUUCAUGCUCAGUUAUAGCAACUUUAUUGCUGAUGUUCAUGCUUUCUGUGAACAUGAAGUUCAGUCAGAUAGGUAAUCCCAGCCAUGUGAGGCUAUUGUGUGUUGUUUGUACAGUAUAUCAACAAAAAGCUUAGCGUUAACAUUGCUGGAGUAUUGUAUGUUUUAUUCCCAUUAUAAACUUAAUUCAGAUACGGGCACCAUCCUAAGAUUUUUGUUUCAUAAAGUGGCUAUUUUGUGCAAAUGACUUUAUAGUUGGUGUGCUGAUUGCAAUUACGUUCUUGAGUUGCCACCUAUGCAACAGCGUUAUUAUUGCACUGUGUGAACUAUUAAAAUAUUUGUCAUUCAAAUCAUCUUUGUAGAAUCAGACUUUUCCCAUCCAUUGUUACCAGAAUGUGUUUCUGUAACUGAUAGAUAGCAUGCAGUUUUACUUUUAUAGCACAUAAAAUCUGUAAAAAUUUUGAUAAUGUUAAAAUAGCCUAGCCCAUGCUGUCACUCUAUGCACUGUUUCUGUGAAACAAUCAAAGGUGCCAUUGUCUUCAUAUAUCUUUGUCACAAACAGUUAACAUUUACUUGUAAAAGGGAGAUUAUUCCUUUAGGAAGCAUACUUGCUGAAUUAUAGGGCUGGGACUGAAACACUGCAUAUUAUGCACAUCUUCUGAGCAAAAUGUGCUUUUGGUCUGCUUUUGCACUCUUCACACAUUGUCAGAGAAAACCCCGCGUCCCCCCUCUAUGAUUCUAUGAAAGUACAGAAUGUAACAAAACCACAGAUGAACUUAGAAAGGUGCCUUGUUUCUGCUACCAUGUGCCUUUUAAGUUCAGAUAUACUUGAAAUGUACUGUAAGGUUUUUAAAUUAAACUCUUUUAAAUAA